AUGCGGUACUACUUUACCAUCCUUCCCUUUGCGAUCUUUUCAGCAACAAAUGGUGCGUCAUUAGCAGGCAAACCAGGGAACAAGGCGAAAGUAUGCACUGUUGAGGCGAGCGGCACCAACCUAACGGAUGAUGCGCCUGCAAUCCGAUCUGCGUUCUCGAGAUGUAACCACGGCGGAAAUGUAGUGUUCAACGCAUCUACCUACUACGUCAAUUCUGUGUUGAACAUCACAGGUCUCGAGAACAUCAAAAUAGAUAUUCAAGGGAAAUUAUUAUGGAGUACAGAUAUCCAGUACUGGCUCAACCACUCGUUACCUGUUGGAUACCAAAAUCAAUCGACCGCCUUUGUGCUCUCUGGUAACAAUGUGCGCAUCAAUGGCCACGGCACUGGGAACCUCGACGGCAAUGGCGACUAUUGGUACCAAUGGAUCAAGAAGCAGCCAAACACAUCCAACUACCCAGGCCGUCCGCACCAAAUCACUUUCAAUGGACUCACCAAUUCCGUCAUUAAAGGACUGAGUUUCUUCCGAAGCCAGAUGUGGACAAUGUCUAUCAUCAACUCGCACAACAGUAUCUUGGAAGACAUUCUGGUGAACAAUACCGGAAACGUAGUAUCGAGCUCCAACACCGACGGCGCAAACACCAUGUUUUCCUCCAACAUAACAAUGAAGAAUUGGACCGUAUACAACGGCGACGAUAGCAUCGCCAUCAAAGCGAACAGCACAAACAUCUCCAUCCUCGACAGCAAGUUCUACAACGGCCUGGGCAUCGCGAUUGGCUCCAUCGGCCAGUACUUCGGCCGGUUCGAGACUAUCCAGCAUCUUCGCGUGGAGAACAUUCAGUAUGUUAACACGUUGCACGCAUUCUACAUGAAGACCUGGACGGCCGAUCAGAACGGGUAUCCGCCGAAUGGGGGUGGUGGUGGCAUCGGAUUUGCGGAGGAUUUGUAUCUGAAGAAUCUUACGGUGUUGGGUCUGAGGGGUGCUGCAUUCGCUAUCAGUCAGUGCACGCGGUUUAGCGGUGCGCCUGGGGUCGGGAACUGUACUAACUCUCAAUUCCAGAUUAGAGAUGUUGGGAUCGAUGGGAUGGAGGGUACGAGCACAUCUAGCAGGGUGGCGAGCUUGCAAUGCAGUGCGGAGAAGCCGUGUACCGAUAUUACCUUGGAGAAUGUCGAUUUGAAGCUGUCGAACGGGUCGGCUGCUGACAGCUACCUAUGUGGUAAUGUGGUCGAUGCGAAGGGCUGGGAUUGCACUGGCAAGGUGUGCGAAGGCGGAAGCGCAACGGGAGAGUGUUAA